AUGGUGGCUUACAGGGACGGCUGCUUUGGGGAGCCUGCGCUGGCGAGGAGAAAAGCCCAGCUCUGCCCUUCUUGCUGGCAGCUUCUGGUCUUGGGACGGUUGUGGCAUGAGAGGAGGAAUAAAACCAAGGGCGUAUUUCUAAAUGCCAGCCGCCAGAAUCUCCGCAGUGGCCGAAUCGAGAGUCCAACAGAGGAGAAGCAGAAAACUGGAGAAGCAACUGGAGAAGCAGAAAUGGAGAUUCUGUUACCAGAGGGAGCAGCCACUCUAGAAGUUCGGCCCCUGGGAGUGGCGAUAGCCCCCGCGGCCGCCUCCGUCUCCUCAUCUGCAAAGUGUGGUGUUCAGUCCCCAAAUAGGCUCACCAAAGCCGUGACCUGGGUCCGAGGUCGUGCUUCGAUAUCGUAUAGCCGAUACUGGAGUAAGGUCGGCGGGGGCCGGGAAGGGCCUUACACCGUCCCGACCGCUGGCCCCCUCCACCCCGGACCACGCUGCGGUCCCACAGCUCCACCCCGCCAGAGGUUUCGGAACUACAACGCGGCCUUUGUGCUGACACGGGCCUCUCUCAUUGGCCCACGUUCGUUGGCGAGAUUCGAUUCGUUCAUGUUCUCGCAGCGCGGCGACCUCUCGUCCAAUGGUGGUCUGAGGGCUGGCGGUGCCGAAGGUACCCGGCUUCUGAGCGCGGGGGUGGGGCCUGGUCGGCCCUUCGUGCGGCUGCGCGAGCUAGAGCUCCUGGGGCUUCGGUCCCGAGCCGGCUCCGCUCUGGGACCGGCCCAGCCCUCCUCCCCCAGUGAUCCUGGAGCCCUUUUCCCUCCUCCCCAUAGUGAUCCCGGAGCCCUCCUCUCUCCUCCCUCUCUCCCAUUGAUCCCAGCCCCUCCUCCUGUGUGUCCAUUGGCCCUGCAUCUCCCCUUCCUUCUCGUCCUCCUCUUCCUCCGCAGCCCCGGCUCCAGUCCUUUCCUCCCUGCUCGGUUCCGCUGUCCUGUCGGGACCAUGCCUGCUCCGAGUUCCCAGGGGCAGAGCCUCUGGCCCCGGCUCCUGCUCCUGCUGCUGCCCCCGCUCCUGUUCCUGCUGGCCGUGGCCCCACUCCCCUCCGCCUCUUCCUCCACCAGUCACAAGCCGUGCACAGUCUGCAGGAACAUCGUGGAUCAGUUCCACAAGGGGUUGGCAAAUACAGAAAAGAAAAAUUUUGGUGGUGGAAACACAGCAUGGGAAGAGAAGACACUAUCCAAAUAUGAGUCUAGUGAAAUUCGCCUGGUAGAAAUCAUCGAAAGCCUGUGUGAGAGCGACGCUUUUGAGUGUAACAAUAUGGUGGAAAAUAAUGAAGAGCACCUCGAGAACUGGUGGUUCAAACAGAAGAAGAGACAUCCUGAGCUCUUCAGGUGGUUCUGUGUGGAAACCCUGCAAGUCUGCUGCCUUUCGGGAACCUACGGACCAGACUGCCUUGAGUGUCCUGGGGGCGCUGAGCAGCCAUGCCGGGGAAACGGUUACUGCAAUGGAGACGGGAGCCGUGGCGGGGAUGGGAAGUGCACGUGCCACCUGGGCUACAGCGGGCCCCUCUGCAUGGACUGCGUCGACGGCUACUUCAGCUCCUGGAGGAACGACACCCACUCUGUGUGCACAGUCUGUCAUCAGGCCUGUAAGACCUGCACUGGCCCGAGCCCGAGGGACUGUGGAGAAUGUGAAGUUGGCUGGGUCCAACAGGAAGACGCCUGUGUCGAUGUGGACGAGUGUGCGGCGGAGGCGCCUGCCUGCGACGAGGGCUCCUACUGCCUCAACAACGACGGCUCCUUCUCCUGCCAAGCGUGUGACUCCAGCUGUGCGGGCUGUGUGGCCGAGGGCCCGGAGCACUGUAAAAGCUGCACGCCGGGCUAUGCCCUGGAAGCGGGGGCAUGUAGAGACAUAGACGAGUGUGCCCAGCCCGAGGAGGCGUGUCCACAGGAACACCAGAAGUGCUUCAAUACCCCUGGCAGCUUCGUGUGUGCCUGCACCCAAGGCUUCCGGGAGACAGACGGAGUUUGCGUGCCCUCCCCAGAGGCCCAGGAAGAGCAGCAGGAAGCUGGGCCAGCAUCCUCCUCACAUGAAGACUUGUGACCCGCCGCCACCUCCAGCCUCGACACUGAUCUUGGACUUAAAUUAUUCAGAUGGAAACUGGCGGGAGAAGGAGCCUGCGGUUCCCAGGGCUCCUUGGCUGCCCCCACUGCCCGCCCCACUGCAGGCUCUUCUUAUUGGAUGGGCCCUUUCAAAAGCUGCAUUUCUCUCCUUCAUAAACAAUAGAUUUUGUCCUCUAUUUUGAUACCAUUCUUUGUAAUAAAACUGACUCUGGAAGGUGGACAAGGA